GAAGGCGGCAUGAGGAUCAACCUGGAAGUUCCAGUAAAAGUCGCUGCAGCUGAACAGAAACACCGAGCAACAACAACAACAACAACAAUAACAACAACAACAACACAACACGGAUUAUGGGGCUUUUGUUGUUAAUUUAAUAGACACAUUUAGUCAUUUUCUGUCGAUGUGUGUGAGAAGUUUGGCCGCGGAGUCGACUUGUUGAGACAGACUGGAGUUUUGUCUUUGGGGACUGAGGAGCGACAGACAGGACGGACUGCAGACAGACAGGUCGGCUUCACGACACGCACCGAGGACAUUUUGGUCUCUGCAGUCCAAUGUCCGCAGCAAACUGGGCAGAGGAACUGGACUUCAGACUCAUUUUUGAAGAAGACGGGAGACAGACGGCAGGUCCGGAUCCUGAUGUCAGGACGCCUCCCACCUCCACCUCCACCCUGGCCCUGGUCAGCCAGCCUGUUGGCCAGGAGCCACACAGUCACCAUCCCUGUCUCUCCGCCACAAAUAACUACCAGCAUGUAGGCUACCAAGCCAUGGGGCCCCAGUACGGCUCUCUGGGGAACCCCAGAGCGUUCGACUGCCCCAGCAUCCAGAUCACCUCCAUCGCCUCUCACAGCCAUGUGGAGGCGGGCAGCAGCCAAGAUGUUGUGGCUGGGGCGGAGGGGGGGUUUCCUGAGGCGUCCUGGUCCCGGGACCAGCUGUACCUGCCGCUGGACGCCUGCUACCGGGACGCGGCGCUGAGCACCAGCCCCUGCAGCAGCGUGUCGUCCAGGAGCUGGCUGUCCGACCGCUCCUCCUGCGAGUCUUUCUCCCACAUCUACGAUGAUGUGGAGGGGGAGCUGAACGAGGCCGCCGCCCGCUUCACUCUAGGCUCCCCUCUCACUUCCCCCCUGCACUCGCCCGGCUGCGGGGGCGGGGCCUUCGGUGUGGAGAUCUGGCAGCAGCAGUACCAGCAUCCUCUGGCCUUCAGCCAGGGCCUGUCGCCCCACCAGUCGCCACGGCAGUCACCUCGCCAGUCGCCACGCCAAUCACCCUGCCCUUCCCCGCGCACCAGCAUCACUGAGGAGAACUGGCUGAACCCCCGGCCCACCUCCAGGCCCUCAUCCAGACCGACCUCCCCCGGCGUGAAGAGACGCCACUCCAGCGCCGACGUCCCGGCCCGCUCCCCCUCCCCGCACCGCUCGCCCAGCCCCACGCCGGGCACCUCGCCCCGGGGCAGCGUGACUGACGAGACCUGGGUGGGAAGCCCCGGCGGCACCCUGGGCUCCCUGCUCGGCUUCGGCUGCCAGGAGCUGGACGUCCCGUCCAAGACCAGGAGGACGACGGGGAGCCAGCUGGGCCUCGUGGCCGGCCAGGGAGACUCCGUCCUGGAGGAGCUCCAAGCCGUCAUCCCCCUCCUGGACUCCGCUGAGGAGCAGGGAGGCGCACAGGGAGGCCUGGCCGAGCUCUUCCUCCCUGUGCCCUCCCACUUCAGCUGGAACAAGCCCAAACCUGGCAACCCACCUCUGUUCAGGCCGUCGUCCCCCCCUCCUCUGGACUGGCCGCUGCCCAGUCAGUACGAGCAGUGGGAGCUGAAGGUGGAGGUCCAGCCGAAGACCCACCACAGGGCUCACUACGAGACGGAGGGCAGCCGAGGCUCGGUGAAGGCGGCGGCAGGAGGACACCCCGUCGUCAAGCUGACUGGAUACAGCGAUCAACAGGUCAGCCUGCUGGUGUUCAUCGGCACGGCGGACGACCGCUACGUCCGACCGCACUCCUUCUACCAGGUUCACCGAGUGACGGGGAAGACGGUCACCACUGCCUGCCAGGAGAGGAUUGUGGGUAACUACAAGGUCCUGGAGAUUCCUCUGCUUCCAGAAAACAACAUGUCCGCCAGCCUCGACUGCGCAGGCAUCCUGAAGCUGAGGAACGCCGACAUCGAGCUCAAGAGAGGAGAAACCGACAUCGGGCGGAAGAACACGAGGGUGCGGCUCGUCUUCCGGGUGAACGUGCCGCAGCCCGGCGGCAGGACGGUGUGGCUGCAGACCACGUCCAUCCCCGUGGAGUGCUCCCAGCGCUCGGCGCAGGAGCUUCCUCAGGUGGAGAGCUUCAGCCCGGCCAGCUGCUCGGCAGACGGAGGGCAGGAGAUGAUCAUCAGAGGACCCAACAUCUCCACCCAGUCCAAGGUCAUCUUCAUGGAGAAAGGGCCCGAUGGACGGUCACUGUGGGAGGUGGAUGUCAAAGUUGUUCCAGAGAAGAGCAGCGAGGCCAGCGUCGUCGUGGAGAUUCCUCCGUACCACAAGGCGACCUCGUGUCCCGUCCAGGUCCAGUUCUAUGUCACCAACGGCAAGAGGAGGAGAAGUCUGACGCAGAGCUUUACCUACCUGCCGGCGGCCAGACGCCUCCUCCUCGCCUCCUCCGCUCCCGCUGCUCCUCUGGUCAAGCAGGAGCGCUGGGAGGUGGACUUCAUCCCCCAUAAUCCACCUGUGUUCCGCCCGGCCCCCAGCCAGCCGCUCUCCUGUCCCGACACGGCGUAUUACGACUCCUGUGAACUCCCGGUGCAUUGUGGUCCGCCUCACCUCCUCCACCAGCACCUCCCCUCGCCCGAUCCCCUCGACUCCCUGCUGGACUCGAACCGACAACCCGGAGAGCACAGGCUCAGCUUCCAGCCGGUUGCACGCAAGCCUGACGUGUACGCGCCUCCCGCCCCCCUGACCUCCUCCGUCCCGCCUCACGUCCCCGACCCUCAGCAAACCUCCGCUGUGCCUCCUCAGAGCUCCUCUGCCGGGCCCGGGGGGGAGCAGGCCCCCUCUCUGGGCUCCAGGAGAGCCGUCCUGCCCGGUGCUGACCCACAGAAGGCCGCCCUGCUCACCGGCACGCGGGGAGGGCUCAACAUCAAGCAGGAGCCGGGGGAGAAGUCGAGCCUGGAGUGUGUGGGCCUGCAGGAGAUCACCCUGGACGAUGUGAAUGAGAUCAUCGACAGAGACAUCAGUGGCCUGAGCGGCGGCGCCCAGCUCAGCCAGUUUGACCAGUACGAGCAGUACCAGUAUGACUGGGAGCAGGGCUCCAGUGACGCUGCCUUACCGUUCUGUGGAGGCCUGCAGUAGCUUCCACGGCCUUCUUCAGGACUCGACCCACCGCGGUGCUUCUUCUAUGCUUUUUGUGAAAAUCUUACGACUGCUGUUGCACAGAAUCUUCUAAGGCGAUGUACAAGUGCCUCCAACCCCACCUGCAGCCUCGGACAGGUCCUUCUCUGUGGUUAUCCUGUCAGGUUCUUAACUUUCUAUCUAUCUCAGGACGUUCAGUCAAACUGAAAGGUCGUUUCAGAGCAAAGCGGACUCGUACCUCACUGACACACCAAAGAUUUCCUGACCUUUCGUGACAGAAUUGGAGGAACUGUAGAAUCUGACAAGAAAACGUGCAAGUUAACUGUAAAGCCAAGCAAUAGGUGAACGGUGCAUUAUCUGUCCUAACCAACAAGUAAUGUCUUCACAGAGGCUGACGUGCAGAAAUAAGGAAAUGUUGAUGUUAUUUAUUGGCUGAUUAAUUGAGAAGUCUAUUUUUGAUACUCUGGACCCAGUCCAGUACAAACAAAGUGCUCUAGCUUGUCAUUUUACAUUUUCUAGCUUGCGUUUACGCUCUGCAGUUUCCAUUUUCCUCGCUGAACAAUAGUGCUGUUCAAGCUGAAGCUUCAGACACUGAGCUAUAUUUACUGUAUCAUAAGGUUGAGAUUUAAGUAAAAUAAAUUCAAAGAAAAUGUGUUUUGUUGUGAUGAAAAGAACAUUGUUUAACAUAAAAGCGUGCAGACUGAGAAUAACCAUUAUGUCUUUUUACGUUUAUCAGUUAUGACAUUUUAAAGAGCUUCAGUGUGCUGGACUCUCAUGACUACUACAAUGUUCUCUUUUUUGUUUUGUUUUUUUUUUUUAAACUGAAAUCAACUGAGUGUACUCUGAGUCUGUUCAGCAAAGGACAAAGUCUGUGAGAUUGAAAAUAGAUUCCUGUUGCACAAUGAACUGAGCCUCCAUUCAACAAGGAAACGUAUUUUCAAACCAACAUCAAAUUGAAGGCACUGGAGCCAAAGUUGUAAAUGUAAUGAAAACUCUGCAUCUCCCCAGUCAUUUAUUCUGUUGUAAUGUUACAUUUCACACGUCUGUCACCAGAGCACCGGAUUAGAAAGCUGCAAAAAACAGACUAAAAAUGUCUUCAAGUAUUUCAUAUUCUGACCAACUUCCACUGCAGUUUCAUGUGAUGAACGGGCAUUUCUGUGAUGGAAAUAAAAUGGAUCCAGAAAUUUGA